GAAAUUUUUCGAUGGCCAAGCUCCCCAUAUCUUGCUUAUCGACCGCCAAUCACAAUCAUCGCAACUCCAAGUCCACUCCGGCCGGCAAGCCUACCCGGUCCUGGGCGACAUUUUUGGAGGUCGCAUUGCCGUCACUGCAACUGUUUCCAGACAAGCCUUGAAUCUUUUUGUUAGACCGGAAGUUGGCGAUACAAUACUAUUUACCUUCUUUAGAACCUGCAUUCCCUUGCAUGACCCUCGUUUACCAGCGGUAUUGUCAACAUGUCUGCCCUUCAAGCCUACCGUCACCUCAUGCGCGCCGCGAGAGUUGCCUUUGAUGGCGAUAACCGCACCCUUACCGCCGCCUACGAGUCCAUCCGCCGUGGUUUCCGCGAGAACCAGAACGUUCCCGCCAACGAUCCUACGAUUGCGCCUGCGAUUGCGCAUGCCGAGGAAGUUGCCAGCUUUUUGAGAUCCAAUGUCGUCCAGGGCCGUAAGGACGGCGAGACCUACAAGCUACGGAUUCACCAGGACACCGAGCGCGGCGACAACGAUACCAUCAAGCUAGGCAACCAGACCAUCAAGAUCGGCGGCGAGCAGAAGUGCUGCUCGGCAUAAGUGAAUACAAAGCCAUGGUUGGAUAACACAAGGAUUUUGGAAGCUCAAGUUCGUGAGAACGUAAUGGGACAACAGGACAGUGCCGUUG